ACUCUCUUCACUUCCAUUUUAGCCAUGUGGCUAUGAUCUCAAACGACUGCACGUCUAAUCAUACUAAUCCGUCUGUUUAUGAUUUGUAACAAAUAUUUUGCAUGUUCACGCGGCCGACAAAAUGUCAGAGUCCGUGUCUAGAUUUCAAGCGGAGGUGGCUGCGGUUUUGGAGGUGUUACUGAAGGUAGCCGUCGUGGAGAUAACGAAAGUUUUCGAAGGACGCGCAUUGGAGUCCCAUGGCUGCACAGUCAACAGAGAUCCUCAGAUCAAUGAAAAUGUGCUAUCUAUACCUGACUUCAGGGCUCAUAUGGAAAGUGCAUUGACUAAUUUCACUGACAAAAUGGUUUGUAGUGUCGGUGUGCAGGUGGAAGAGUCAUUACUAUCCCAAAACCACGCCCAAAUCUCCAACUCCCAAACUGCAUUUUCAGAUGAGUGCAUGUCUAGUGUGAGAGGCAAGGAUUGUUUGCAGGAAUCCACAGGAGAGGAGGGGCUGUCUCCCUCAGAAAGUCUCUGCAAGGCGUCCCCAGAAGUUGUGGAUCUGCAAUGCAUGGUUGAUCUUCCAUGCGCCAUCUUCAAAGAAAAUGGGAUUUCUGUAGGGAAAGGAGAUGGCUUAAUUCAUGAUACACCAUGGACCCACAACUUGAAGGAGCAAGGGACAAUUCAGGAAAACGAUCUUCAAGGACUUGGUGCCCUUGUGGAGUCCUCUUCAUCCUCUAAGGUAGAGCUAGAGGCUCAUCCAUUCAACUCUGUUCUUGUUCCCAGUGCAGAGCUUUCUAAAAAUGCUAUAGGCCAGUGGGACCUUGGCGUUAUCGAAGUAAAUUCUUUACCCUCUGUUGAAAAGACACCCUACAUAGAACCACCUCAGUCCAGUGAAAACGCAACUGAGCCAACAAAUCUCAACCAGGCAUCAGGUAACAGUGCUGUUGAGGUUAGACAAGCAGGUUCCAAUGUAAAGAAGGUGCGUUUCCAGCUUAGCAAAACGCCUUUCGAUUGCAAAUUGCUACGGCCUUGCUCUGUGCAACUUGUAAACCUUCUGAUGUUUUCAAGUGGCAUAAAGAAAAGGACAAAUGGUUCAAGCAAAAAGUGCUUCUCUACACCUAAAGAUCUGCGAGCCCAUCAGCGUGUCCAUACUGGGCGACGUCUAUGCUGCUUUACAGAGUGCGGGAAUGGCAUUUGGCGUCUGCAGGGUAUACUCCCUUAUGGUUGUAAGAUCUGUGGCAAAAAGUUCAAACGCAGGAAGAUCCUAAAGCGACAUGAGCGCUUUCACACAGGAGAAAAGCCGUAUUCAUGCAGAAAGUGCAGAAAAACAUUUGCCCUACGGAAAAGUUUGCGAAGGCACGAAAGGUUCCACACUGGAGAGAGACCUCACCCCUGCCCUCACUGCGGAAAAGGUUUCCGUCUCAAGAACAAUCUCAAGGCUCACUUGCGCUUUCACACUGGUGAAAAGCCGUUCACUUGCAGUCUGUGCUCAAAGAGCUUUAGGAUCUACAAGAACCUUGAGAAACACAAACUCACUCACUCUGCAGCAAGUAGAGCUUGAGCUGUUAAAUAGCUCAACAAAAGUUGUAUGUGCUUUGACUGAAUACAAAACACCAUAUUUCUACCUCAGCUAAGAACCACUGGCUAAAUGUAAAACAAAGCUGACCCACACUGAAGUACAACAAGAAGCAAAAGCAUUAGGGUGACUCAUAUUCUAAGUGUCCAUGUUUCAUUUUGUCCUGAUAUCAAGUUGUAUAGACUUGUUGUAUAGCAUGUUGAUCAGGAACAUCUGUUGUACAUUUUGUUAAAUAUAUUUGAAAAAAUAUUUAUUUGGCCCAGAUUACAUCUGUAUAAAAAUACAAACUAAAACGUCCUUGUUAAAGAACUUUUGUCACUGUGAGUAUAUUGGGUCAAAAGUCCUGGAAAUGGAAGGGGAUCCCCUGCUUAAUGUAAAUACAAAAAUCACAUUGAACUCUUGGCUUCUUGGAUGUUGGCUAUCUGGUAGUCUUCUAAAAAAAACAUACAGCCAUUGAUUUCACAAUUUCAGCUAUCUGGAAAUAUUUGUUUGGAUGAACACUGGAUAAUAAUCAGGUGCUGCAGGAUUCCGAGGACUUGAAAUUACUUUUUAUUAUUUGUACUUUUUGUUACAGUGAUUUGUUGAGUAUUUCUUUGGUGCGAUCUGUUCACUUUAAGCUCAACAUUUUUAAAAGCUGAAAAAAGGAAAUUACCCUUUUGCUCCCAUUUUCUACAAUAGCUUUUAUAUGUACAUUUCUCUUUUAAAAUGUUUAAAUAAUUGGAGGGAGCUUAGAAACGUGUAUUUGUUUCCUUUUUUAACCAGAAAUAUCAAGUGCUUGCUUUUUGUUUGAUAUUAAAAGGUGUAAUGAUGUAGUAACACAUUUGUCUGUUUAUAGCAACAACAACAAAAAAAGAAAUUUUCAAAGUGACAUUUUCUAUACAUAAUGUUUUAACAUUCCUUAUAGCAAUUAUACAAAACCUAAUUUUCAUUUAAAAUAAAUGAUU